ACAUUUAGUUGAUCUAGUUUGUAAGAAUCGAAAUAUGAAUAAUUAUCGAGUUACCAAACUGGAAAUUCGUUACUUACAACUUGCAUUUUAUUUUUUAUAGAACCAAGCAUUAGAAAUAACGCUAGCCAAAUCAAUUUAAAAGUCCCAUUAGCGCGUUUUAUUUAAAAUCCUUGGUCUCGAGGGCGCAAACUACCGGUUGAUAAGCAAAUUAAUUAAUAUCUGCGGACGACAAAUGGUAAUGUAGAUGGGUAAUCUUCAACUACCCUCAACGAACCUUCAGCUUCAGUCAGCGCUCAUCCGUUCGACUUGGAUAUGCAUUGAUCUCAAUGCGUUGGUACGUACGUGACAUAACCAAUCCUACAAGAAUUAUCACGUGCAAUCACUCGAUUUCAGUAGAUCGUGCCGUUAGCCAACAGAUUGAAAUCUGGCGUGAUUAAAAUACUGCAAAUUUUUGUACCUUUGAUAUUUCAAAGAUUGAUAUAAGAAUUAUCACAAAAUGGGAAAAAGGAAAAAUGUGGAUGAUUAUUAUCUACCAAAGAAAAAACAAACGCAAGAGACUAUGAACUCCAAUAAUCAUGAGAUUGAGGGUGAGCCAAAUUCGCCAAAUAAUGCAGUUGUAAAAUCUGAUCAUUUAAACGGUACAAAUCUAUCUAUCAAAGACGUCAAAAAAAAAACCAAUUUGUCAUUAGAAGAAAAACAAAUGAAGACACCUAAAAAACAGCAGGUGAAAAAAGAAUCGAACACUCUGCUAGCGAUGCUUAAUGCUAGUAGCAGCGAUUCUGAUGACUCCGAUGAUCAGCAAACCAUUGUGAAAGAGGAACCUCAAAAGUCACCCAGUAAGCGACAUUCCAGAAAAACUCAAAGAUUAAGAGUCAGUGAGACUUUUACUUCAAGUGAUGAGGAGAAAGCAUCAAAAAAAACAAGUAGAAACAAAUUGAGGGAUUCCCAAAACUUGGAUCUAACAGAGGAAGCUAAGGAUAUAGAGGAGUUGUUAUCCAUGACAGAAGAAGACGAUCAUCUACCUCAAGAGACUAUGGAAAAAAUGAAAAACUUGCAAGUAUUAUUGAAGCACACCGUGCCUCCACAGCAUAUGAUAGAAUCCUCUGCUGGUGCUCGAGGUCCAACACAAGUCCAAAGAGAAACUAUCGAAAAACUAGGACCAAUUAAGUAUGGCAAAUAUACUCCAGAAGAAGAUAAUAUUAUCGUUCAUAAUUGGAAAUCAUUUUGUAAGGACCACAAUUGGGACACAAGGGAUGUCAAACCUUUUUUAUACAUGAGACAUCUGCAUGGUGGUUGUUUUAUAAAAUACGAUCAGAGACAGAAAUUUGUUCAAUAUUUAGCUAAUGGACUACCAUGGAGAACGCUGUAUAGCGUUUACUGGAGAUUUAGAACUUUAUAUUACCCACACAUCCGAACAAAUUACACUGAUAAAGAAGACAAGCUAAUACUAGCUCACAUGGAAAAGAAUACUACUUACAAUGAGAAAAAUGUCAGGAAAUUUGCCGAAUUAGCUAAGAUUUUGAAUCGCACAAGAGCCUCUGUGUGGCGUCGCUACCAAUUGCUGAAAAAGAAGAAAAUAUCUCGGAAGAAAAUAAAAUGGGAUUCGCGUUUCGUGAAGAAUUACAUAGAGAACUUGAUGCUGUUAACUGUGAGUGACGAUUUCAGACAGUUGAAAAAUUUAGACAUACCGCUUGUGAUAUGGGAAAAAUUAUCGGACAAACUUCAGGUAGACAAAAACCAAUUAAGAAGUUUUUGGCAGAAGAAGUUACACAUGCAGUUGUUUUGCGAUCAGCCUAUUUACCUGAAUGAUGUAAAAAUUAAGCUGAUUGAAUUCUUCUACAUAACGGGUGCAACUGAAUGGAGCGAGAUCAAAUGGCCUGUCGUAGCAAAACUUUUCGACGGGAUGACAUCAGCAUUUUUGUGUGAAAUCUUUUGCAACCUUGUCACUGAAAGCAAAGUUGAGGGCAUGGAUUUAGCAGAUGUCAUUGAGAAGUUGCACGAUUACAAAAUCCGAGAACUACGUUCUAGUGAUACUGAUAAAUGUCUCCCGAGAAUCGUUCUUCAGAAUGGUACAGUUAAAUUAUUAGAUGUGAUAUCGAAGCCUAAUCGCUCAAAAUCGGCUAAAGACGUGGCUUUUUAUUCUUCGACUUUUGUUAAAUGUGAUAAUGAGUGACGUAUUUUUGUAAAAUCUUUUUGUGAAACUACCUGUAUUUGAGUUGAUUAUUAUACUUUGUGAUCGAAAAAACUUGGAAAAUUGAAUAAAUCUUAAGUUUACACGCCAAA